AUGACUUUCCGCGAUCUCCUGAGCGCCAGCUUCGAGGGACCGCGCCCGAACGGCAGCGCCGCGGGCUCCAGCGCGGGCGGCGGCGGGGGCGGCGGCGGCGGCGCGGCGGCCUCGGAGGGCCCGGCGGGGGGCGUCGUGCCGGGGGCCGCGGGGGGCGGCAGCGGCGGCGGCGGCGGCGUGGUGGGCGCGGGCGGCGGCGAGGACAACCGGAGCUCCCCCGGGGCCCCGGGGGCCGUGGGCGCCGGCGGCGGCGAGGUGAACGGCACGGCGGCCGUCGGGGGGCUGGUGGUGAGCGCGCAGAGCGUGGGCGUGGGCGUCUUCCUGGCCGCCUUCAUCCUGCUGGCCGUGGCGGGCAACCUACUGGUCAUCCUCUCGGUGGCCUGCAACCGCCACCUGCAGACGGUCACCAACUACUUCAUCGUGAACCUGGCCGUGGCCGACCUGCUGCUGAGCACUACGGUGCUGCCCUUCUCGGCCACCAUGGAGGUGCUGGGCUUCUGGGCCUUCGGCCGGGCCUUCUGCGACGUGUGGGCCGCCGUGGACGUGCUGUGCUGCACCGCCUCCAUCCUCAGCCUCUGCACCAUCUCGGUGGACCGCUACGUGGGCGUGCGCCACUCGCUCAAGUACCCGACCAUCAUGACGGAGCGCAAGGCGGCCGCCAUCCUGGCACUGCUCUGGGCCGUGGCCCUCGUGGUGUCCGUGGGGCCGCUGCUGGGCUGGAAGGAGCCCGUGCCCCCGGACGAGCGCUUCUGCAGCAUCACCGAGGAGGUGGGCUACGCCGUCUUCUCCUCCGUGUGCUCCUUCUACCUGCCCAUGGCCGUCAUCCUCGUCAUGUACUGCCGCGUGUACGUGGUGGCGCGCAGCACCACGCGCAGCCUGGAGGCCGGCGUGAAGCGGGAGCGCGGCAAGGCCUCUGAGGUGGUGCUGCGCAUCCAUCGCCGCGGCGCCGCCGCCGCCUCGGGUGCAGGUGCCGACGGGGCGCCCCGGGGGCUGCGCAGCGCCAAGGGCCACACCUUCCGCAGCUCGCUGUCCGUGCGCCUGCUCAAGUUCUCCCGCGAGAAGAAGGCCGCCAAGACGCUGGCCAUCGUCGUGGGAGUCUUCGUGCUCUGCUGGUUCCCCUUCUUCUUCGUCCUGCCACUCGGUUCCCUGUUCCCGGAGCUGAAGCCCUCGGAGAGCGUCUUCAAGGUCAUCUUCUGGCUAGGCUACUUCAACAGCUGCGUGAACCCGCUCAUCUACCCCUGCUCCAGCCGCGAGUUCAAGCGCGCCUUCCUCCGCCUGCUGCGCUGCCAGUGCCGGCGCCGCCGGCGCCGCCGCCCCCUCUGGCGGGUCUACGGCCACCACUGGCGGGUCUCCGAGGGCGGCCCGCGCCCCGACUGCGCCCCCGGCCCGGGGGCUGCGCUCCCCGGGGCCCCGCUGGCCCUCGCCGAGCUCGCCGCCCCGGGCUCCCCAGGCGCAGCCGAGGCGAAGCCGCUCGCUUUCCGCGAGUGGAGGCUGCCCGGGCCGCUCCGGAGGCCCAGCACCCAGCUGCGCGCCAAGGUCUCCAGCCUGUCGCUCCGGCUCCGCGCCGGGAGCGCGCCGCGCCCCGAGGCGGCCUGCGCCCUGCGCCCCGAGGUGGAGGCGGUGUCCCUCGGUGUUCCCCCCAACGUCGUGGAGGGCGCCUACGAACUGGCGGACUGCGGCGACCUCCGGGAGACUGACAGGGAGACUGAUAUCUAA